GACUAAUAACCAAUGACAUUAUUUGUCUGCAUUAGAGGCGGAGUUGUUUGCAGUAAGGAGGAGACAUGUCCACACUGAAGUGUAAUAACGGGCUUAGACUGACUGUAAAACAGUGAAGCGGUGGAGCUGUCCAACAGAAAAACUUAACUCGUAUUCAGAGGAAAUAUAGCAGAGUAAUGAUUCACAUGUUCUUAAAAUUGUUGCUGCUGAUUUCUCACAGCAGCUCAGUUUUCAGCCGGCAGAAUGGCUCACAGCUUGUACCCAAGACGUUCUCAGCCUACGUAAAGGUCCCAGAUGACCUUGUGGACUAUAUUGACCUUUCGGUGGUGGACAGUGAUGAUGAAGGGUCUGGCUCUGACUCACAUAAGGAGCCAGUCGAAAGAAGACACAGACACCACAGUAGUCAUCAAAGUCGUCCACAUCGACACUACAUUGUCUCAGAGGAGGCUAAGGGCUUCUUAGAGGGUCAUCUGUCAACCAGCUUUGUGCCAACCAUUUACACCCUUGUCUUCAUCAUCAGUGUCCCCCUCAACCUCAUAACCAUGGUGAUGUUUGUGCAUCACAUUCAUCCCAGGAAACCAGCAGUGAUCUACAUGUUGAACCUGGCCUGCGCCGAUCUGAUCUUUGGUCUGCUCCUUCCCUUCAAGAUUGCCUACCAUUACCACGGCAACAACUGGAUCUACGGCUCCUUCAUGUGCACGUUGGUAACUGCAGCUUUCUACUGUAACAUGUACUGCUCUGUCCUGCUCAUAAUGUGCAUCAGCAUCGACCGCUUCCUGGCUGUGGUUUAUCCCAUGAACUCACUUAUGUGGCGCACCCCUCAAACAGCCUCUGCCAUUUGUGCAACCAUGUGGCUGCUGGCCCUCGGGGGAGUCGCUCCUCUGCUUACAUCGGGUCAAACCAUCCACCUGUCAGACCUGGGCAUCACCACCUGCCAUGAUGUGCAGGAUGUGGAGAAACUUCAGGCCUACUAUCUUUAUUUCUUUCCCAUCUACUCAUCCAUCUUCUUCUUCAUCCCGCUCAUCUUCACCGUUGUCUGUUACAUCCGCAUCAUCCAGGCAUUAGCAGCAGCUAAUGUGGAGAAUCGCUCCAAAAAGUCCAGGGCUGUGGUCAUGGUUGCAGUGGUGCUAGUGGUGUUUGUGGUUUGCUUCACUCCGACCAAUAUUAUUCUGAUGGUGCACUAUGUCCAGCUGUCCCACAGCUCUGGGGACAGCAGCUACCAGGCCUACCUUCUGUCCAUGUGUCUGGGCAGCCUCAGCUGCUGCCUGGACCCUGUCCUCUAUUACUUUGGCUCCUCUCAGUGUCAGAGGCAGAUUUUGGCACUGCUGAGGUGCAAACAACUGGUUCGGGGGGACAGCAGCUCAGGGACGCAAAGCACGAGGACCAGUGGGCGAACAGACAGCAGCGAGUUAUGUAAGAUGGAUGUUGGGCCAAAUACCCAGUACAGCCGGCUGGUGGCCUGAGGAGCCACGUACACCCCUGAUUUGAUGUAUCAUCGUUCGAGCAAAAAAUUACUAGUUAGCAUUUAAAACUGUCUAUAUUUAAAGAAAUUUUACCAGCUGUGGAGUUUUUUUUAUGAAUAUUUCUUGAUAUACAUUUUAUAGGCAGCAGCACUAUAGUUUUUAUUUUACAUAGAGAAACCAAAUUAUUUCAUAAAACUUCAAAUGUUUUCACUACUGUUUUUUUAUUUUGUACAUAAGUUAUUCUCCACAUAACAGAUCACAUCAUUCUUUCUUGUCCAUUAUUGGUUUUACUUUAAGAAAUAUUAAUGUCAUACUAUAAAAGAAUAACCCUUACUUGUCCUAUUGAGUUCAUUUAUCACAUGUAUACAUUUUCUUUAAUGUGUAAAUAUCAUAGCACUAAAAUAAAACAAAUUUAUGACAGUAUAUAUUUUUCAAUGAGA